CUCUGAGUACCUACGGUUUCUCAAAGAUGUCUUACUGGCGAGGAGACGAUCGUAAGCGGCGGAGAUUCGAAGAGGAAGAGGACGACGACGACGAUUUUGAUGGCGGUCGUGGUGGUGGUCACCGCGCGAAGAGGCUGUAUGGGUCUCAAUUCUUCGACCUCGAGGCGGCUGUGGACAGUGAUGAAGAGGAGGAGGAGGAGGAAGAAGGCGAAGACGACUUCAUACUGGACGGUGGGGCUGAACUUGAAGAUGAAGGUGACUCUAGAAGGAUGCAACAUCGCCCAGUAUUGCUGCCAAGAGAUAAUGAAGAAGAAGAGGAAGAUGUCGAAGCUCUGGAAAGAAGCAUUCACGCAAGAUAUUAUGCUAGGUCAAGUCACAUAGUAGAAUAUGAUGAUGAGGAAACAACGGGUAUUGUAGAACAACAAGCUCUUUUGCCGUCCAUUAGGGAUCCAAAGCUGUGGUUGGUUAAGUGUGCGAUUGGUCAUGAGAGGGAGGUGGCUGUUAGGCUAAUGCAAAAGUGCAUUGACAAAGGAUCUGAAUUGCAAAUUAGGUCAGCUAUAGCCCUUGAUCAUCUCCAAAACUAUAUAUAUAUUGAAGCAGACAAAGAAGCCCAUGUCAAGGAGGCUUGCAGGGGCAUGACGAACAUAUAUUCUAAUAAUGUAUUGCUUGUUCCAAUCAAAGAAAUGAGUGACGUCCUUUCUGUGGAAAGCAAAGCUGUUGAUAUUUCCCGGGAUACUUGGGUCAGAAUGAAGAUUGGGACAUACAAGGGGGACCUUGCAAAAGUUGUGGAUGUAGAUAAUGUACGCCAUAAAGUUACAGUGAAACUAAUUCCACGGAUCAAUUUACAGGCUCUGGCAAAUAAAUUGGAAGGUAGAGAAGUUCCAAAGAAGAAGACAUUUGUUCCUCUUCCACGUUGUAUGAAUGUUGAUGAAGCAAGAGAAAUGCACAUCCAUGUGGGGCGUAAACAGGACCGAGUGACCGGUGAUUGGUUUGAGUAUAUAUGCGGCAUGAUGUUCAAGGAUGGUUUCUUAUACAAAACUGUAUCCAUGAAGUCAAUUAGUACUCAGAACAUACAACCAAAUUUUGAUGAACUUGAGAAAUUCAGACAACCUGGAGGGAGUGGAGAUGGAGAUACGGCUAGUCUAUCCACUUUAUUUGCCAACAGGAAGAAGAUUCAUUUUAUGAAAGGUGAUCGGGUUAUUGUUGUCAAGGGAGAUGUGAAGAAUUUGAAGGGUUUGGUUGAGAAAGUGGAGGAAGACAUUGUUCAUAUUAGACCAAUGGCAGAGGAGGAGGUGGAGGGCCUUACGAAAACUAAAACUCUUGCUGUAAGAGAAAAAGAUCUUUGCAAGUACUUUAAACCGGGGAAUCAUGUGAAGGUUGUCUCUGGUGCAACAGAAGGUGAAACCGGUAUGGUUAUAAAGGUUGAUGGGCAUUGUGUAACAAUUGUGUCUGAUACAACUAAAGAAGAUAUACGUGUAUUCGCUAACAAUGUUGUUAGGAGCUCGGAAGUAACAUGUGGUGUUACCCGAAUAGGGGACUAUGAGCUUCACGAUCUUGUGCUGUUGGAUAAUAUGGGCUUUGGUGUAAUCGUAAAUGUGGGAAAAGAAGCUUUCAAGGUUCUUAAGGGAGUUCCGGAAAGAGCAGAAGUGGUGCCUAUUCGAUUAAGAGAGAUAAAGUGCAAACUUGAGAAGAAAACAUAUGCACAAGAUCUGUCAAAGAACACAAUAUCAGUGAAAGAUGUUGUUAGGAUUCUUGAGGGUCCUUGCAAAGGCAAACAAGGCACUGUUGAACAUAUUUAUAGAGGAAUUUUGUUCGUCUACGAUCAUCAUAACCUUGAGCAUGCUGGCUUUAUCUGUGCUAAAUCCCAAUCUUGCAUGGUUGUUGGCGGAUCACGUUCCAAUAGAAAUGGUAAUUCACUGGCUUCAAGAUUUGAACAACUGAGAACUCCACCUUGUAUUCCCGAGUCUCCGAGGAGUUUUUCUAGAGGCGGCCCUCCCACAGGUGCUGGAGGAAGUCAUCGAGGUGGAAGAGGGCAUGAUGCAUUGGUUGGAACUACAAUAAAAGUUCGUCAGGGUCCCUUUAAAGGCUACCGUGGGCGUGUUGUAGAUGUUAAAGGUCCAUCCGUCCGAGUCGAACUUGAGUCCCAAAUGAAGGUCAUUUCAGUUGACUGGAAUCAUAUUUCAGACAACGUGAUUUUUUCAACUCCGUACAGUGACACGCCUGGAUAUGGUUCUGGAAGUGAAACCCCAAUGCAUCCUUCAAGGACACCACUGCAUCCCUCUAUGACUCCUAUGAGAGAACCUGGAGCAACAUCAACACCAGUUCAUGAUGGGAUGAGGACCCCUAGGCGUGACAGAGCAUGGAAUCCGUACGAAUCCAUUAGUCCACCAAGAUUUAUUACUGUUUGAUUAGCAGCAACAGCAACUACUUUCUGGUUGUGGAAACCUUUGGUGCAACAUUAGGUGGUUGCGUAAACCCGAGUAAAGAAAAUUUGCUAAUUGUUUUUUGUAAUUUUGUCGACCUUUAUGUCUAUCAAAAGAAAAGUAAUCUUGUACAUGCUACAUAUUGUCCUAAAUUUUGAAGGGAAAAAAAAAAUUAAAAAAAAAAGAAAAAAAAAUCCCACUGUUAUAUGGUUCUAAAUACUGAGGAAUACAAAAACCCCUAUUUUCUCUGCAGUCAAUCACAGAAAAUGUAUAAUAACUUGAUUAGGAUGAAGAUUCAGUUAAACCAUAAUUUUAUUGUCAAAUGAUGACAAUUAGGAGUUUGAAAGUGUCAUUACUUAGGGGAAGAUCUGAUGUUACACAUAGGAAAUGAUUUCUUGCUUGGGGGAAUUGCUUUUGGCAUGUUCCCAUUUCUUUUAUCGCCAUGAUUCUCCUUUCUAUUGGAAACCCUAGAAAAAGAGAGUGUGACAGUGGGAACUAAAAAAGGACAAGUUUACUUUUGUCACUCGAUCUUAAGCUGUGUUUGGCGGCAUGGAAUUUGAGUCUUGGAAUUGAAAUUAGUAGAAUUAGAGAAAAACAAUUGGGAAAAGAGAAUGAACUAAUUUCAAUUCUAAAACUCGAAAUCCAUGUUUGCCAAACAUAGCAUCACUGUUUUUUUAUUGAAUUGGGAAAAGAUAAUGAACUAGAAGAAAUGCAGCUGGUGAGAUGUGUUCAAUGAAAUGAAAGAUUGGUAGUUAUUUGAGAAUGAACCAAAGUGGGAUAUGAAAUUAGCUUG